AUGCUUCCGAUUUUUGCAAAAUUGAUUUCUUGUGAUGCAGCUUUCCGUGCUGAACUAAAGAAGAAGUACUUAAAUCACAAUAUAUAUCAAUACGACGAUGCAAAACGCUACAUGUACAACAAUAUUGAUUGCCAAAAUGGAGAACUUCACUUAAUAUAUGGUGGCAACUCAAUAAAAUGGGAAUGCGGUGGUACUAAGAUACCUUCUACCACAUCAGUAAAUGCAGAACAUAUUGUUCCAGAAUCAUUUUUCAGCAAAAGACUUCCAAUGGUUUCAGAUUUGCACCAUUUGAUAUCAGCACCAUGCAAAUUAAACAAUAAGCGCGGCAAUUACAAAUUUGGAAAUUUCUCAUAUGAUCAAGUUGCUUGUUGGUGCAUAAACAACGAUUGCACUACAAAUAAGCCAUAUAACCCAGAUGAUUACUCAUGUCUAUCGAAGUCAAAUCAUUGGAUGCCAAGAGUUUCUGACAGAGGUGAAGUUGCAAGAGCUGUCCUCUACUGGUUCACAAUGUAUGAUGAUAAAGAUGUAAAGAUGGAACAAGUUGGUGACCUCCAGACCUUCAUAAAUUGGGCAAAAACAUAUCCUCCAUCAGAACACGAAAUUAAUCGUAACAACUUGGUAAAUCAAUACCAAGGCAAUGUAAAUCCUUACAUUGUAGACCCAUCCCUAGUAGAUCCUGCUUGGGUUAACUAA